AAUAAAAUGCAUCAAAAGAGAAUCAAAGAUAGGUUAUUUAUGUAGAGAACAUGGGGGUCAACCACUAAGAGACAACAAAUUGUUGUUGUAUCUCGCAUAGUUUAAUAUAUAUACUCAUUUUCAUAUAAUAAAAACACAAAUUUUGAAUAAAAUUUUGAAUAUUUUCGGAUAUAUAAAUAUUUUCAGAUAUUUUUUUUUGUAUUUUAAGGUUUUAGAUCGAACCCGAACCGAACCCGACCCGAAACCAAACCGAAUCCGAACCGAUAAAUUCUAAUUACCCGAAUAGAUCUAACUAUCUAAGAUCCGACCCGAUCCGGACCCGGCACGAUCCGAACCGACCCGAAUCGAAAAUUUGAAAUUACCUAUCAGAUCUUAAACUCUUAGACCCGAAAAAUCCGGAUCCGAAAGGACCCGAUCCGAAUCCGAUCCGACGACCCGAAUGUCCAAGCCUACUUUAAGACACAUCUUACUUGAAGAACACAUUCACGAUUUUCAAGAAGCUUUCUAGACAAAAAUAUCAUCUUCUCAACAAAACGAAGCUAUGGAAAAUCGUUGUUUAGUUGUUGUGUUUAGUUAAUAGUUAUGACGUCUUGUUAGCUAUUAGUUUUUUUUAUUUUAAUUUAUUAUUAUUAUUCAUUUCAUCCAAUAUUUUUAUUUGAUUUUUCUUAAAAUUAAAAAUAUAUAAAAUAAAUAUAAUUAUUACAAUAAAUUGUAAUUUUUUCUACUACAUUUUAAAAUCCACUUUCAUAGAUAAUUUUUUUAUAUUAAAAUUAUAUAAAAUGUACGGACAUAAAAAAUAUGGACAUGGAUAGCUGAAAAAAUAAAAAACUCUUAUAUAUAAGUUAUAGUAGACAAUAGACGUGAAUUUAUUUUUUGUGGACAAGUUAUAAUAAAUAAUAUAUUGUUAAUUUUAUAUUAAACUUUUGUUUCAUAUUAAAUGAACACACAAUCAAAAUUGUUUUUACCGUUUUUCACAAAUCAUAUAGUUUCUUGCUUGUUUCUAAUUUAAACCAUAUAAUGUUUCAGAGACAAUCAUUACGAAAAUGUAGGUGAAUAUAGUUUGACCACUCAUCUGAGUUUCUUUAAAAACUUAAAUAUGUGGAUUGAAGAAAAAUGGACACAAAAAUGUGGAUGAGACAAAUGUGGACACGAGUUCAUGUGAGCGAACAAAUGUAAAAUAUCCACUUCAAAUAAUUCGAGUAAUGGUGCACUAAAAAAAAGAAUAAUUCGAGUAAUGGACUGGGGUUAGAGUUACAGUUACAUACAUGACAUGUAAGUUAUAAACACUAUUUGAUUUCGUUUUAUAUGAAUAUGUGUGUCAUCACUGUAUGUGAAAUGAUAGAGGGAUCAUGGCUCAUGGGUAUUUACUGUUAUGUUGAUCAAAAAAAAAAAAAGGGUAUUUACUGUUAUGUUGUUUCUAAGGUUUCGAAUGGUGACCAUCGUUCUGCCCCGCCCCGCAGUUAACAAUAACAAAAAUCUCUACGUAUACUAUAUAUCUAUAUAUUUUUAUAACUGUUAGAACCAUACCGCAGUUGAACCGUUUGUCUCGCACCGCUUAAACCGCAGUCACCUUUCGGAGCCUAAAUUCACAUAGACAAAUUUUGUCUCUUCUCGUGCCCAAAUCAUUUUGUUCUCGUUAUACACUAGACUUUCAUCCAAUCACUGUUCAACAUUUGGAUAUUGUAAAUGCAUAUAUACAUAUAUAUAUAUAUAUAUAUAUCUAUAUAUAUACAUAAUAUACGGUAUGUCAACUUAAAUACAAAUGUCAGUGAUGAUCACAUGUAUAUCAUUUAUGUUGAGUCAUAAAAGCAUUCACUGAUUCUCGACUAUUUUCGCGUAUUACCUGGAAACUAACCGUUUGUGCCAACCACUCUUUCCUCUUGGCAGUGGUCUAGAAAAUUUUGCUGUUCUAAGCAAAAUAAUUCUUCUUUAAAAUUCACUAAUUCAAUUGAGUUAGUUAAACUUUUCUUACAGAUUAUUUAGUUUGUAUUUUUAUUAGAUAAUAUUGUUUGUAAUUUUUAUUAGUGAGUUUUGAUUGAUUUUGAAGAUUAUUAUGCAAAUAUAAUUUUUUUAAUAUCGGAUUCUGAUUUAGCAUUAAAGACAGUGUUAAGGCGUUUAAAACAUCAUUAACCCAAAGACUAAGUAUUUUUUAAAUAGUAAAUGUUAGUUAAGAGACUUAGUUAAAAAAUUUCUAAUAUUUAUGAGAUCCAAUGCUAGUCUCUUAAUUAAGGAUUCUUAAUAAAAAAAUUAUUAAACAUUUUAGGAUCAUCACAUAUUGGACAAUAACAUUGCACGCCAUUGAUUAUUACCAUAAAGGUUACCAAAAAGGUUACAAAUUAUACAAGAGAAUCCAUAAUAUUUGUGUGGUUUAGCAAAAGAUAGCAUAUACUUAGAUUUAUCAGAGCAAAUCCUCUUAUAGUAAGUUUAGUAGUACCUUUAGGACAUGGGCAAUUGUGCCUUCUGGCUUGGAAGCAUAUGAGACUUGGAACACUGCAUUAUGUCUGUUUGGAUACAUUUAAUGGAUCUUCUUUCACCAAUACCUGCAGUUUUUACAGAUUCUGAGAAUCAGUCUUUCAUCUUAGAGCAUGAUUAUCGGGUGAGGGUUUCUAAAAAGAUUAAAUAUAAGUUUUUUUUUUAAGUUUAUUAUUAAAGAAAGAGAAUAUAAAAUAAAAAAUGCAAGUGUUUUGAUUAAAAAGUCCAUCCAAUGAAUUACGUUUCCCAUGACAGGACAGAUGCAGAAUAUAUCAAUUUUUCUAAGAAAGGCUAAAUGGAUAGGUAAUAGUUAUUGACAAGAUAUAUAUUUCUUCGUAUCCCGCAAACCAUAUGAUUUGAAUAAAUUUGGUUUUCUAAUGUACGGUUUAGUAAUCAUCUGAUUUGGUUAUUUCCAGUUCGCGCUAAAAUGUUAAGAUCGUUGCGAACGAUCACGGUUUAAAGAUCAAUCAAAGGUCAAAGCUUUUGAGAUUCUCUCUCUUUUGUCUUUUGGGGAUGAACUCUAUUUUGGCACGAUUGUUUAAUAGAUAAGCUUUUUGUUUUGUUUUGUUUUACUGUACUUUAUAUCAUCAAAAGUAUUAUCUGAAAAAAGAAACGAGAAAAUACUUUAAGCAUUGACGUUAAAAAGUUAAAACGUCCAGAAAAUUAUUACAACGAUUUAAAAGAUUAAAAAAAAAUGACCACAUUAUUAGAAUAAAUUUGGUUAUCUAAUGUACGGUUUAGUAAUCAUCACAAUUGGUUAUUGCCGGUUCAGGCUAAAAUGGUUAAAACGUUGUCAACGACUAGAGUCAAAGGUAAAAGCUUCAAAGUAGAAGCAUUCUCCGUCUGCGUUUCCCGCGUACGAUUCAUCGUCUUCAACAAAUUCGAGAAUAAGCUUUGAUCUCACAAUCAUCUUCGAGACGGAGGUUUUACCUCACGAAGCUCUUGAGACUCUCUGUGUGUUGAACCUUCUUGAUCUCUUUCGUCAUCGUCUUUACCUGUAUUGAAAUUCCAUAAAGAGAUAGAUGGCUGAGAUCUGGAGCUUCAGCGACAAUGAGUAUCUCUUGUCAGUUUGCAAGGAUGAUGAUCGCUUUCGCUCAGUUCAUAUCCUAGAUGCAAGCAUACACUUGGGAAAGUCUAUGGUAGCCUGCAGAGAACAGUUGAGGAGACUCCAACGCACAGAUUGGACUGAAGAAGAAGACCAAGAGCUGUUGAAGCUCUGUGAUGACCACACUGAUCUAAUCUUCAUAGCAUGUCAGAUAGGAAGAACAGUAGACUCAUGUUCUGCCAGGCUGAACCAUCUGGUGAAAGGUUGGAAGACUAAAGAAGUCUACACCUUCUUUGGCGAGAUGAGAGUCAAGAUAGCAAUCAUAUGUCCUCCUCAAAACUCUGCUUUUCUCCACCAAGGGACAGUCCUCGAUCACAUCAGAGAAAGUACACAAGUUGGCAUUGGUUACAAUCAGUUUGGCCACCUUUACUAUCACAUCGUUAGGAUCUCAACUACCGAGCUUUUUAAAGAGACUCGCACUCAACGAGCCAUGGAACUUUUGCUACCCCACUGCAAGGUCGUGAAUAAAGGGGUCCAUUCAGUGAGUUUCCAUCUAAAGAAGUCAAGAGAUGCGAUUCUACGUGACCAAAAAUUCAAGGAUCUUAAACUGCAAGUAUCUGUAUCAGACUGGAACGAAGAUCUACACAUUCAGAUCUCUGGAGAGGAAGCUGCUUUCAACCAGACCUUUUGGUCUGUGUUUGCCAUGCUGAAGAGCUGGUUCUUCAGAGGUUUAGAAUCUCUCAUUGUCUCACCUGCUGGUAUCCUAGAGAACCCUCAAAAUGUCCACACAUCUGUGAAAAAGAAUGUGAAGAAAGCAGCAACUCCUAAAGAUAACUCUUCAGAACCAAUUGAAGAGUUUAACCUCUUUCUCCAAGCAGCAAUGGAUUACCAGCCUAAAUCUGAAACAGAACCUCCUAAAGGUUCACUCUCCAUCAACCUCCUAAAGCAUCAGAGAGUUGCAUUAGCGUGGAUGAUACAGAAAGAGAGGACAUGCUUUGGAGGGAUAUUAGCUGAUGACCAAGGUCUUGGUAAGACUGUAUCCAUUCUUGCUCUCAUGAUGACAGAAAGGAAGAAUGGUGUCUGUGAUCAAUCAAAAGGAAGAAGAGCAGCUGGAACUCUUAUCAUAUGUCCAAGUAGUCUGAUGAGGCAGUGGGCUGAAGAACUCCUCAACAAGAUCUCUCCUGAAGCCAAACUUUCUGUUCUGAUUUUCCAUGGGUCUAAUAGAUGUCAAGAUGCGGAGACGCUAUCAAAAUAUGAUGUUGUAAUAACAUCAUAUGGCACCAAUGUGAAAUCUGCUUGUGUGUUUGCUAGUCUUGCCUGGUAUAGAGUUGUGUUGGAUGAAGCGCAGAUCAUCAAGAAUCAUAAAAGUAACAUCGCCUCUGCAUGCUUUCAGCUUCACGCCAAGUGUAGAUGGUGCCUAUCUGGAACUCCCAUCCAGAAUUCUAUCGAUGACCUCUACAGCUUCUUUAGGUUCAUCAAGUGUCAACCCUAUUCUAGUUACUCAGUCUUCUGUGACAAAAUUAUGAAAGUGCUCUCGACGAACCCAACGGAAGGGUACGAGAUACUUCAGGCGUUGUUGAAAACAACACUCCUCAGAAGAACCAAAGGUACGAUAAUGGAUGGAGAACCAAUCCUCUCUUUACCUCCCAAGUCUACUGAGUUGAGAAAAGUGGAGUUGAGUAAAGAAGAAGUUGAUUUCUACAAGGCCUUAGAGAAGGAGACAGGGGGAUUCUAUAAGGAAAAAGAAUCAGCUGGGAUGGUGAACAAAGAUUUUAAAGAAGUUUUGGCCAGGCUGAUGCGUCUUCGUCAAGCUUGCAAUCAUCCUCUUCUCGUAUCCUCCAGUCUCCCAAGUACAUCCUCCUCAGCUCAAAUUGCAAAGAAACUUCCAUUCGGUUCCUCCAAGCUGAAGGCUACACUAGAGAUACUAUCAGAGAGCUUGAUUCAGAAAGGAGUUAAGGCUCUGGUUUUUACACAGUGGACAAAGAUGCUAGACCUUCUUGAAGAUAGUCUCAAAGAAUCAUCCUUUCAGUACCGAAGAUUCGAUGGGAAAAUGUCCAUGGAAGCAAGACAUAAGUCUAUUGAAGAGUUUAAGAAUCUCCCGGAGGUUAAUGUGAUGAUCAUGUCUUUGAAGGCGGCUUGUGUCGGGUUAAACCUUGUGGCUGCUUCACUGGUACUUAUCAUGGACCCAUGGUGGAACCCGACCACUGAGGAUCAAGCGAUUGAUCGGGUUCAUCGUAUCGGUCAGACAAGACCCGUUAGAGUGGUGCGUCUCUUGGUAAGCAAUUCCGUAGAAGAUCGUUUGCUAAAGCUUCAGGAAAAGAAGAAAAAAAUGGUAGCAUGUGCCUUUGGAAAAUGUGACCAGAGAUUCUCUCUUGAGGACUGGGAGCAUCUCCUAGUAGUUGAUUAGGUAGCUACAGUCUCGUUGCUCUUCCAGAUAUGUCUUUUAGUUCAAACAUAUUCUUCCCCACUCACUAUCCAGCGAUCCAACAUUAUGCGUUCUGGAAGACUUGUCCUCUGCAUGUCCAAAACAUGUUGUUGCAUUCUGCUUCUCGCUCUAAUAGCCCCUUUCAAAUUUCCACCUAUAGCUUUAAAAGAAGAAAAGGCACAGAAACUGACAUCAAAGACAAUGUAUGUUCAAGACUGCUUUGUUUCAUGCAAUAAAGAAGAAAAAAAACGGUUAGAUGUGAUCAAGACAAUGUAUGUUCAUUCAGUUUCACUCACAGUCAACGUAUAUGUUCUUUAUCCCUAUUGUCUCAUAAUCUGGGGAUGAACUGCCCCCUUGAGGUACUCCCCAUUCUCUAAGACGACUGGUCAUCCAAGACACUCAAUCUUUUCACUAUGCAUUCAUUCCCAUCCUCAGAUUGAGCUCCAAUGGCUCAAGUUUCUGGAGCAAACCAACACAAACAGUUUCAAAAACGUUCAAGAUUCAUCUUUCACAGAACUUAUGGACUAGUGCAAUAGGUGACAUACCGAUAUAUCUCAGACCCAAACCCAAACACUAUCCCGGCAUAUCACUGGUUGGCAUUUAUGACCAUGAACUUGUGAUAUCAACAUCUAAGCUGUCUAGUUUAUCUCAAAGACAAUAAAAAACCUUCAAGCCAUCAUCCAAUCCACAGAAAAGGGUUUGUCCAUCUGGAUGAAAAGCAAUUGAACGAACUCCAGUAGCCUGUGAAACAAGGGACACCACAUGCCAGGAAGAAGAUUAGUUUUGUUACAUAUUACGAAGUGUAUCCAAAUAUAAAUUAGUACUAUGUCAGAUUAUUUGCCGACUGCUCUUGUUACAAAUAUAAUUAUAAAUUUGUCAAUG